CCCCGCCUUCCUCCGGGCCCCGCCUCCAGCCUGGCCGCCUCCGCUGCCCACCCCGCGGCGCAUUGUGGGAUCUGAGCGCCGCUGGCUCCGUGGAGGACGCGGUUGGUGGUCAUGGGGUUCCAGCCGAGCCCAGUCCUGCUGGCCUCCCUCGGGGUGGGGCUGCUGACUUUGCUCGGCCUGGCCUUGGGCUCCUACCUGGUUCGGAGGUCCCGCCGGCCGCAGGUUACGCUCCUGGACCCCAAUGAGAAGUACCUGCUGCGACUGCUAGAUAAGACGACCGUGAACCACAACACCAAGAGGUUUCGCUUUGCCCUGCCCACCGCCCACCACGUUCUGGGGCUGCCUGUGGGCAAACAUGUCCACCUCUCUGCCCGAAUUGAUGGUAGCCUGGUCAUCAGACCCUACACUCCCAUCACCAGCGAUGAGGACCAAGGCUACGUGGAUCUUGUCAUCAAGGUCUACCUGAAGGGUGUGCACCCCAAAUUUCCUGAGGGAGGGAAGAUGUCUCAGUACCUGAAUAGCCUGAAGAUUGGGGAUGUGGUGGAGUUUCGAGGGCCAAGUGGGUUGCUCACUUACACUGGGAAAGGGAAGUUCAGCAUUCAGCCCAACAAAAAAUCUCCACCAGAACCCCGAGUGGCCCGGAAACUGGGGAUGAUUGCCGGCGGUACAGGGUAUCUCUGUGCAGGAAUCACCCCUAUGCUGCAGCUGAUCCGGGCCAUCCUAAAAGACCCAGAAGACACAACCCAGUGCUUUCUGCUUUUUGCUAACCAGACUGAAAAGGACAUAAUCUUACGGGAGGACUUGGAGGAGCUGCAGGCCCAAUAUCCCAAUCACUUUAAGCUCUGGUUCACUCUGGAUCAUCCCCCAGAAGAUUGGGCCUACAGCAAGGGCUUUGUGUCUGCUGACAUGAUCCAGGAGCACCUGCCCGCCCCAGGGGAUGAUGUACUGCUGCUGCUGUGUGGGCCACCCCCAAUGGUGCAGCUGGCCUGCCACCCCAACCUGGACAAGCUGGGCUACUCACAAAAGAUGCGAUUCACCUACUGAGCACCCUUCACUUCCCUGGUCCCGUUUCCGGCAUGUGCACCCAGUCAGCACUCAAUGCUGUGAGCCCUAGAUGCCCUUCCCACAGUAUCAGCCUUUCUGCCUUACUCUGGAGCUGAAGUCUGGAUGGGACUUGCAGGAACAACAUCCGUCUAGCUGUGGAAGAGGGCCAAGGCUCGGUUGUUCCCAGAAGACCCCCCCAGUCUCCCUGUGAUGCAAGGUCCAGGUCAGGCCCAUGAAGCCGACUCUUCUGUAGCUCAGAAAGAAGGAAGCGUAUACAUCUGUUCCAAGAUUGGCUGGUUCUUUGAUAGCAUCACAGUCUUCUUUGUGCCUGUGAUGGAAGAACAAGCUGUGGAAUGGGUUCUACUUAAUAUUUGGUGCUUAACCCAUAGCAGACUCUGUGUGUGAGUGCAAGGCGAGCAGACAUACAGAGCUGAUCAUCUUACAGGACAACAGGAGAGGGGGAAGUGGUUCCUUCAGACCUCAGAGAAAAGAAUCUGAACUAUGUGUUUGUGUGUCUCUGUCUCCCUCUGCCCCUGCCGAGGCUGAAGGGAAAGGGCUACCCCUGUCUAAGCCUGCUGCUGCGCCAGAAACCUCUGGCUUAACGCAAAUAAAUGGGGUUAAGGCCCUUGUGUUAUACCUCA